AUUUAUAGUCUGAUUCGAGUUCUCCUUCUCAUUUGUCUCCCUCUCUGUCCACCCGGCUCUUUCUCUUUCCGAUUGUUUUCGUUUUCUCUAAAUUUCCAGAGUUUUCAAACGCCCUAUUAUCUCUCACCGAGAUUUCAGAACGAAAAACAGAAACGAAAACUUCCUAAAAUUUCUCAGUUGUCGUUUAUUUCCGUUUCGAUCCUCCAACGACGUGGUUUCAGCUUCGCGUUUAAUUUAAUCUUGCUCUGAUAAUCUAUUCCCUGUUUUCCUCUCGGUUUGGUGCUUGAUCCCCGCUUAAUUCCAGGGUGCAACCGUUACACAGAGCUUUCAAACUGUUUCAAUUUACCGGGAAUUCGAACAAGAGAUUGGUUCUUAGCUUUCUCUGUUCGAAUUCUUUGGACGUUCGAUUCGUUGUGUUUUUGGCGUCAUUCUCACGAAUUCGCAGGCUCUUCGAAAUGCUGCUAUCGAGAGUUAUGAGAUUCUUUUGAUGGUGAGAUCCGGAAGUUCUUAAAAUGGACAGCACGGAGAGAUAAAUUUGUAGCGUAAAUUAACUUUGGACUUGGAGACUCAGCAAUAAUCUGAAUUUGUGUAAAAUCUGCUUCUACAAUUAUUCGCUGUGGACGGUGGACAAAAUGGUUUCUGAAAUCAGUUCUGUUGUUUCGAAAUUGCAAAUGCUAUCUACUUCGGACCAUGCCUCCGUUGUCUCUAUGAACUUAUUUGUGGCACUUCUAUGUGGUUGUAUUGUCAUUGGCCAUCUUCUUGAGGAGAAUCGGUGGAUGAAUGAAUCUAUUACUGCCCUAUUGAUUGGUCUUUGCACUGGCGUGGUCAUUUUGCUGUUUAGUGGUGGUACAAGCUCGCAUAUUCUUGUUUUCAGUGAAGAUCUUUUUUUUAUAUACCUUCUGCCGCCUAUCAUAUUCAAUGCUGGGUUUCAGGUGAAAAAGAAACAGUUUUUUGUUAACUUCAUCACGAUCAUGUUAUUUGGUGCUAUUGGUACAUUAAUAUCUUGUACCAUCGUAACUUUUGGUGCCACCCAAAUUUUUAAGAAGUUGGAUGUUGGUCCACUGGAAUUAGGGGAUUACCUAGCAAUUGGUGCAAUAUUUUCUGCAACAGAUUCUGUUUGCACAUUGCAGGUGCUAAAUCAGGAUGAGACACCUUUGCUGUACAGUCUUGUGUUUGGGGAGGGUGUUGUGAAUGAUGCUACGUCAGUGGUGCUUUUCAAUGCAAUCCAAAGCUUUGACCUCAACCAACUUGACCCUACAAUUGCUUUGCACUUUUCGGGCAACUUCUUGUAUCUCUUUAUUGCAAGCACAAUGCUUGGAGUGUUGACAGGUCUACUUAGUGCUUACAUUAUUAAAAAGCUGUACAUUGGCAGGCACUCUACAGAUCGUGAGGUUGCUCUUAUGAUGCUAAUGGCAUACCUCUCCUACAUGCUUGCUGAAUUAUGCUAUCUGAGUGGCAUUCUCACUGUAUUCUUUUGUGGGAUUGUUAUGUCUCAUUAUACCUGGCAUAAUGUAACUGAGAGUUCAAGAAUCACGACCAAGCAUGCUUUUGCAACAUUGUCAUUUGUUGCUGAGAUCUUUAUCUUCCUUUAUGUUGGUAUGGAUGCCUUGGACAUUGAAAAAUGGAAAUUUGUCAGCGAUAGUCCUGGAACAUCUGUAGCAGCGAGUUCAGUGUUGUUGUGUUUAAUACUUCUUGGAAGAGCAGCUUUUGUUUUCCCCUUAUCCUUCUUAUCCAACUUGGCCAAAAAAUCAACGAGUGAGAAAAUCACCAUCAGGCAGCAAGUAAUCAUUUGGUGGGCUGGUCUUAUGAGAGGUGCUGUUUCAAUGGCACUUGCUUAUAAUCAGUUCACCAUGUCGGGACAUACUUCACUGCGAUGCAAUGCAAUCAUGAUCACUAGCACCAUCACUGUUGUACUUUUCAGCACAGUGGUGUUUGGUUUGAUGACUAAGCCACUCAUAAGGCUUUUACUGCCCCAUACUCCUCAUCCUAAAGGCACAAACAUCGCAAUAAACACGGAUCCAUCUACUCCAAAAUCAGUCACUGUACCACUUCUGGGAAGUGCCCAAGAUUCUGAAGUAGAUAUUGAUGGCCAUGAAAUUCAUCGUCCUAGCAGCAUUCGUGCCUUGCUGGCCACUCCAACACACACUGUUCAUCGUUUGUGGCGCAAGUUUGAUGAUGCAUGCAUGCGUCCCGUUUUUGGUGGCAGGGGUUUUGUUCCUGUAGAACCUGGCUCACCAACUGAACGCAACGGUCAUCAAUGGCGUUGAAAAGAAAAGACAAGAAAUAUGUAAUGUAUUAUAACUGCGUACAUUUUAUGGAGAUCAAGCAAUGCGUGUGUAAGAAUCCCGUAAUGAGGUUUUGUUAAGCUCUUUGGGCAGUGUGAACUGAGAUGGCUGUGCACCAGAAGUCAUCUCUGCGUCUCCUGUAAACUAAAAUAUUUGAAUAGCUGAAGCUAAAUUAAUAUUUUCUCACAAGAACAAGAAAUUGUAUUGGUUAUGUUUUCUGUGCAGCUUCUGCCCGCCAAUAUUGGACUUUUAAGGUACCUUAGUAGCAAGUAGCAACACGUCUCACAUUUUGUAGAUGCAAACUUGACAGGAUAUACCAUUAUCCAUGAAUAUUACAGAAUCGGUGAACUUUAUUUUGAUUUGAU